AAGAAAACUCUUGUUUGGACUCAAUUGAUUGCUGAUCUAAUAGUCUUUGUGACAAUAUUCCAGAAGACUGACCUUUUUAAUGUGCAUGUUGGAUUUACACUUUCCACUCCAGUGUUUGUCCUGGACCCACAUUUAGCCGCAAGCCUUAUUAACUUGGACGGAGGAAAACCCCCAACAACGUAAUACCAUAGUAAUCCCGAAGCCACACUAAUCACCUGGCUCAUAAACAAACUGGAGCUGUGGGAUUCCACGGGGUUAAAAAAAACAACAUUGCACAGUAUAUACCCAAAGGCUGCAGGACUAUGGACUGCUGAAUUACAAGCCAGCCAUGGGGCAGACACAGCCAACGGAGAACAGGGAGGAAAUUGACGUCAAAGCGCUUCAGGACAUGUAUAAGAAGUUUGUCAUGGAGUGUCCGAGCGGACUACUUUUUCUGCACGAGUUCAAGCGCUUCUUUGGCGUGGACCCGACCGGAGAGGCGUCUGACUAUGCGGAAAACAUGUUUCGAGCUUUUGACAGAAAUGGGGACAAUACAAUUGAUUUCCUCGAGUUUGUGGCAGCGCUCAACCUCGUUUUCCGGGGAGACCUGGAGCAUAAGCUGCGCUGGUCGUUCAAGGUGUACGACAAAGACAGCAAUGGCUUUGUGGACAGGGGCGAACUACGGUCCAUAAUCGAUAGCAUCUACAGGAUAAAGAAAGGAACAAAGUCGGACACGAGCUACUCGCAGCUUUCAGUCGAUGAGGCUGUGGACCGACUGUUGCGGGCCGUCGACAGCGAUGGAGACGGUCAUAUUAACAUGGAGGAGUUCAUUCGAGGUGCACAGCAGGACCCCUGGGUGCUCAACAUGUUGAAGUUGGACAUGAACCCUGCCGGAUGGGUGCUGGAGCAGAGGAGGAGGAGUGCGCACUUCUGAAAUGCCAUCACACGUUUGCCUAUAACAAUCCACGCCUAAAAUUAUACCUUCAAAAUAUAUAAUACUCGCAUCUAACAAUUAACGUCAGGAGUCGUUUUAGCCGAUGUGUGACUUAAAUAUGAGUAAUGCUGCCUCUGCUUCGUACACAUUAUUUUCUCCUUUCAAAGUUAAAACUACGAUACUUGUUAAACACCAUUUUGCUUUCUUUUAAAUACGUUUCACGCGACAAGUUCCUGUAACUUUAAAGAAAUGCACAUGCACAUUGCUUGCUAACUUAACUCACAGCUCCUUGUCUUAUCGUAUGAAAUGUGAGUUUGUACAUAGUGAAUGACUAAAAUGCCUGCUUUUUCAUUUUUGUUGUGUUUUUGAUUUUUUUUUAAAUUUUUGCCUGAAGCAAAUUGUAACGUAACAAGAACAUAUUCGCUGUGUAUUCAUUGUGAAUGUUGAAUACAGCCCAUUAUAUAAAGUGAUAUUGUUUUAGCUGAUGUUCAAUAAAUAAAAAUGACAUGAUUUCCACAGCUG